AUGUUUGACAGUAAGACAUUUAUGGGAAAAAGGGAAAGAGAAGCGUAUGAGAAGUCGUUUGUGGGGAGGUAUCAAAAGCUAGUCAAGAAGAACAGUUUUCUCUAUUUCGGGUUACCUAUGAUGCUGUCGAUUGCGCUGGGAUCGGUACUUUUAAGUAAUUUCACCGCCUUAAGAUAUGAAAGGAGAGAUGAGAAAGUUAAGGAAAUGAACGAAGAGGACGCGUUAAGCAUGAUCAAUAACAGAAGAAAAGUCGACAUAAAAGAUGAAUAUUAUAAGUUGCAAGGGUUGCUGGAAGAGCAUGAAGAUUGGGAGCCAAAGAGAGUUGAAAGGCUACCCGGUGAGAGUGAAAAUAAAUGGUGA